CGGCUAUCUUUAGGCGGCAGGUGCGGAGCCCGUUAUCCCGGUCCACGGCCGGUCACCGCCCCCCACGUGACGCCGGGCGCUAUAAAUAGCAGCCGGGCCGGAUCAGCAGAGCCGGCGCUGCGGGAGGGCGCGCCCGGGUCUCGGGCGCAGCGCGGCCCGCCCGGCAGGCGCAUGGAGGCGGCGGCGAGCCCUCGGGCGCGGAUGUUGCCUGCUGAGGACCAGCCUGCAAUCAAUGGAGUGGCCCUUGUGGGCCAGCUCUGAGCACUGCCGUGCCCAACAUUUCCCGAGCCUGCUGCUGAGGAAGCCACGCGCCUUUGGCCCUCACCAUGACCCUCGCCUGCUGAUGGCUUCUGCUGCCAGGCCUGGGAUCAGCUGUGCUGACUGAGCCCCUUCCACCCUCCAGGACUUGCCAUAACCCAAUGGGGUAACGUGACCGAGGGCCGGUGCAUCAGAGACCUCCUGCCUCCCGCAACUGUGAUCUCUGCCCCACGGCUGCCAGAAUUGGUUCUGUUCAAGUUCAGUUUUCCUCCAGACCUUGGGGGUUUGGAGCCCACCUUGGAACAAAGGGGGCUGUUGCCCAAUGCUGAGAGGCUGUCCCCGUUGAAGGACCCACCCUAGGCACUGCAUGGUGGCCACAUUCACUGUGGGGUUUUUAAAUGUUCCUUGCUGAAUUUUUGGGUGGUUGUUAUCCCCUUUAUUUUUAGCCAGCUCUGAGAGACAGGAGUUUGGAAUUGCCCAUCUUACUUUGGGGGACUGUUUCGCUCCUUUUUUCGGGGGGUUGGUUUGGGUUUUCUUUUUUAAUUAUCCAAACAUUGAGCAGCUUCCUUUCCCUUUCCCAAGUAUUUGUACAAUAUUUGUGCAGGGUGUACGGGUGGGUUUUUAAAAAUCCUUUCUCUCAGAUAAGUACAAGGAUAUUGCUCUACUCAGUUUUCUGAGGCUGGUGGGGGCUCCUCUGGCCGUGCCUCCAGCCCUCUCUGCAGCAGCCCCCUCCCACCCUGCCCUCUGCCUUCGGAAGGCAUGGCGCGAAUGAACCGGCCUGCCCCAGUGGAGGUGAGCUACCGAAACAUGCGCUUCCUCAUCACGCACAACCCCACUGACGCCACUCUCAGCACCUUCAUGGAGGACCUGAAGAAGUACGGGGCCACCACAGUGGUGCGCGUGUGCGAGGUGACCUACGACAAAGCCCCCUUGGAGAAGGACGGCAUCACUGUUGUGGUGAGGGGGCACAGGGGGCACGGUGACUGCCCUGGGGGUAAGGCUUGGCAGGACUGGCCAUUUGAUGAUGGGGCACCCCCACCCAGCAAGGUGGUGGAGGACUGGCUGAGCCUGCUGAGGGCCAAGUUCUGCGAUGAUCCUGGCAGCUGUGUAGCCGUGCACUGUGUGGCAGGCCUGGGACGGGCUCCAGUCUUGGUGGCACUGGCCCUCAUUGAGAGUGGGAUGAAGUAUGAAGAUGCCAUCCAGUUUAUCCGGCAGAAGCGUCGUGGCGCCAUUAACAGCAAGCAGCUCACUUACCUGGAGAAAUACCGGCCCAAACAGAGACUGCGGUUCAAAGACCCGAACACACACAAGACCAAAUGCUGCAUCAUGUAGCUCAGGCCGUGGCCGGGCCUAGGGCCUAUGAUAGUUUGCUGUCCCUUGUCCUGGCUGACCUCCACUGGCCUGUCUUCGUGUGCCUCAGUGCUCUGUGUCCCAGGAGUCAGGCAGCCGUGUGUUUUAUGUCUUGGCCUCCUGUGCCCCUCUCCAGGGCACGGUGUCUCUGAGACUGGUCAGCCUCCAUCUCUGGACCUCCUGCCAGUGACCUCCAGCAAGCCCACCUCUACCACAGGUCUCCUCUCUGACCUGGACAUAGUGGUGGGUGUAUUUUUAACCACUGGGCCCAGCCCCUCGGUGGCGGCCCCUUACCCUCCGCUGUUCUUGGCACCUUAAAUUAUUGGAUCCUGGGGCAGUCGGAUGCUCUGGACACUCAAAGGCAAUAAAACAGGAACCGUG